CCCAGACCACAGCGGGAGAGGCCCUCGUGCUGUCCCAGGAGGAAGACGCUUGGGAAUCUCUGGCCUGUCAAAGCUUGGGAGAAUCUGGCUGAGACGUUCUCUCUGACGCAGGCAACACCUCAGCUCCACCAUGAGUCUGGACAUCCAGUGUGAGCAGCUGAGUGACACCAGGUGGAAAGAGCUCCUCCCGCGGAUCCAGCAGAGCCAAGUGGUCAGGCUGGAUGACUGUGGCCUCACGGAGGUGCAGUGCCGGGACAUCAGCUCCGCCCUGCGGGCCAACCCUGCCCUGACCGAGCUCAACCUGCGCACCAACGAGCUGGGUGACGCCGGCGUGCGCCUGGUGCUGCAGGGCCUGCAGAGCCCCACCUGCAAGAUCCAGAAGCUGAGCCUGCAGAACUGCUGCCUGACGGAGGCCGGCUGUGGGGUCCUGCCCGGCGUGCUGCGCUCUGUGCCCACCCUGCGCGAGCUGCACCUCAGCGACAACCCCUUGGGGGACGCGGGCCUGCGGCUGCUCUGCGAGGGACUCCUGGACCCCCGGUGCCACCUCGAAAGGCUGCAGCUGGAGUACUGCAACCUCACGGCUGCCAGCUGCGAGCCCCUGGCCUCGGUGCUCAGGGCCAAGCCGGACUUCAAGGAGCUGAUGCUGAGCAACAACGACCUCGGCGAGGCUGGCGUCCGCGUGCUGUGCCAGGGCCUGCAGGACUCCACCUGCCAGCUCGAGUCGCUCAAGCUGGAGAGCUGCGGUGUCACAGCAGCCAACUGCAGGGACUUGUGCGGCGUCGUGGCUUCCAAGGCCUCGCUGCGGGAGCUGGACCUGGGCAGCAACCAGCUGGGCGAUGCGGGGCUGGCGGAGCUGUGCUCCGGGUUGCUGCGGCCCAGCUCCCGGCUCAGGACUCUGUGGCUCUGGGAGUGUGGCAUCACCGCCGAGGGCUGCCGGGAGCUGUGCCGCGUCCUCAGGGCCAAGGAGAGCCUCAAGGAGCUCAGCCUGUCGGGCAACGAGCUGGGGGACGCGGGCGCCCGGCUGCUGUGCGAGAGCCUGCUGGAGCCCGGCUGCCAGCUGGAGUCGCUGUGGGUGAAGACCUGCGGCCUCACCGCCGCGUGCUGCCCCCACUUCAGCUCGGUGCUGGCACAGAACAAGUCCCUGCUGGAGCUGCAGAUGAGCAGCAACAAGCUGGGCGACGCGGGCGUGCGUGAGCUCGGCCAGGGCCUGCGCCAGCCCAGCUCCGUGCUGCGGGUGCUCUGGAUAGGGGACUGUGAGGUGACUGAUGGUGGCUGCGGCAGCCUCGCCUCCACCCUGCUGGCCAACCGCAGCCUGCGCGAGCUGGACCUCAGCAACAACUGCAUGGGAGACCCGGGCGUCCUGCAGCUCAUAGAGAGCCUCCGGCAGCCGGCCUGCGCCCUGGAGCAGCUGGUCCUGUACGACAUCUACUGGUCUGAGGAGAUGGACAACCAGCUGAGGGCCCUGGAGGAGGACAAGCCAUCCCUGAGGAUCAUCUCCUGAGAGCACCGCUGGCCACCGGGCUCCUAAACCUGCUCUCUGGACAGCGGCCUCAGCCCACCACAGGGUGGACCAGCUCCCCGGGGGGCUCACUCUGUGGGUGUCCUAGCUUUGCCUGGAGAGAAACGCUUAAAUCAACUUAUUUUAGAACAUUUUAGACACUUUAUAAUCAUUAAAGCACUUUCGUGGCAGGAGGGUGCCCGUCCUUCC